AUCUCUCUCCUUUCUCUCUCUCUCUCUCUCUCUCUCUCUCUCUCUCUCUCUCUCUCUCUUUGUUUGUUGGCUAUGGCGAGUGGCAAGCUUUAUGGGGGUUCCAGCAUGUCCCUUCUGCUCCAAAACGAGAGUAGACUUCCCUCUUCAUCUCAAGUUCUUGACUCUCUUUGGCUUCACACCUCUGACCCUUCUUCUUUCCAAGGUUCAAAAAACAUGGUUGUUGAUUUUGAGAAUGGAAGAGGAAGCAGCAUAAGAGACAGAAGCUUCUUCCAACAAGGGCUAAUAGAAAAAGAAGACAAUAAUAAUAACGGGUGUGAUGACGAUUAUGACCCUUCAUGCUUCCAACAAACGGGUAGUAACGGUGGUAACAGCAAGAAACGGAGGCUAACGAGCGAGCAGGUUCAGUUCCUGGAACGAAGCUUCGAGAUGGAGAACAAGCUCGAACCCGAAAGAAAAGUUCAGCUUGCGAAAGAGCUUGGGUUGCAGCCAAGGCAAGUGGCGAUUUGGUUCCAAAACCGAAGGGCAAGGUUCAAGACGAAGCAGCUUGAGAAAGAGUAUGGUGCACUGAAAGCUAGCUUUGACAAACUCAAAGGUGACUAUGAAAGUCUUCUUCAACAGAAUGACAAGUUAAAACAAGAGGUGAAUGCUCUUAGGAACAAGUUGAUUCCUAGAGAUAAAGAGGAUGAGAAUUGUUCUUCAGAUGAAAAAUCAUCUCCACAGGAUGUUGAUACAAUCAAUUCAAACCACAACAAGGAGGAGGAUGAGCCUAUUAUGAUGGAAUUGAUGAUCUCAAAUUCAACCUCAAAUGAAAAUGGAUCUAAGAUGCCAUUGCCACACCCAAUCAUUUUGACAUGCAAGCAAGAAGAUGCAAAUUCAGCAAAAAGUGAUGUCCUCGACGAUUCGGCCGAUAGUCCACAUUGUACUAAUAAUGGAAACCACCACCACCACCACCACCAUUUCUCGUCGUUCAUGGAGGAGGAGCCGGCUGAUUCGGAUGAUUUCUCGCAGGAUGACGAUGAUAACCUUAGCGAAAACCUAUUGACUCUUCCUUGUUUGCCUAAGGUUGAAGAUAAUGAUGCAUGCUACCAUGAACAAAAUGAGAACACUUGUGGUUUUGGUUUUCCAGUAGAAGACCAAACCUUUUGUUUCUGGCCUUACUAAAAAUUAAAUAAAAUCAGUCACUAUAUAGUAGCACUAUAUAUGUUUCCCUAGUUGUAAAACUCUGUACUGGAAGAAGCAAUAAAAACUUAUGCUAUUACUUCUAAGGAAUAAAAAUUACAAUAAUUCAUUGCUUUA